GCGAAAUGGUAGCAGUGUUAUUGUUCCGUCGUUAGAGCGAGCGGUCGGAUCAGAAUUCGGUUCCGAGCUGUCAAGGCUUUCGAUUUAAUUAUACUGACUGUGCGCGUAUGUGCGAGCCAACAGCCCAAUUGUGAAACGUUUACGAUUUUACGCGAAGGCGAAUUGACAAUUAUGACGAGUGAAUAUAGAGGCCAACUGUCGGCGCGUAGUUUUUUGUAUUUUUGCUAGUGUAUAAGAAUCUGGAUGCUAGCCUGAUAGCGGCGAGUGACACGAACGGACGAGGCAAACGCACGUUAUAAGGCGAUAGGUAACCGUCAGCUCAACCGCAACCUGUGAAACAACGACUGCGCAUAAGAGGCUUCGUCGUGAGCGCUGUCGACAGCUGAAGCUGCAUUUGCAGCCUGGUAAUUGUUCAAAUAUCGCAUGCACAUAAAAUACUUAUUGAGGUGUAUGAAAAUCGUUAUUGCACGUGCUCUACGAUUGAUCCUAUUGCGUAUGUAUACAAGGUCUGAUGAGUGUUUAUAUUUUAUAACAGCGUUUGUGUUGUCUCGAAUUAAUUGCGAAUAGCUAUACACUGUUGCGACUAUCGAACAACCUAUACAUUUUAUUUUGGAAAAGUGAUACAAGAAAGGAAAUAUUUACAAGCCAUUGCGCGUUUAUUUUACGCGAAUUGCGAUUUUUUUCGAAGCAGGAAACAAUGGAUUUCGGCAGUGUAGCGGAAGCCGGUCCCGUGUCUAAUGCCGAAUCCCUAACUCAAGUAUUGACGGGCAAUGCUCGGGGAUCUGAAGACAAGACGCAAUUUCGGGCGGAAGAUAUUUUCAACAAACUUCUGCCUUACGCGGAUAAACUUGACAGUGAAGCCGAUGCUCUGCUGGCGAAGAUUAAAGCAAAUUUGGGUCGAUGCGUCAUGCUGAGGAACAUCAAACCAGGCUGCGUAGGAUACAGUACGGUCCGCAGAGCUGCCCAAGAGUCGCUAAUCAGGGCAUUUUGUUACUUUCCGAACGCGUACAUAGCCUUGACACCGCACAUUAUUGAAAUCCUUGAACGCGACCCUACGAAUCAUCAUGAUGCUCAGAAAGAUAUUUUGUACUUGAUAACGCGAACAAUAAAACGUCAGAGUCCCUGCUAGUCACACAGGAUUGGGCUUUCAUCAAAAGACUAUCGUCUGCUUUGGUAUUCUGUGAACAUCAGAAAAGGCCUCUAUUAUCCAGUUGAAGGAACGCGUUAACGCUGAGAUCAGCCUUCAUUUGUAUACAGCCAAUAUUAAAACAGAAAUACCAGACAGUGUUAAAUCGAUCGCUAAAAGUUUGUGGACAGGUGAAUCCAUAAAACCGAAUGAGCCUCAACCUACGGAGGAUGAAGUUCAGAAAGGAGCAGAGAAGUUGCGUGAAAGAGGAGAAAUGAAUUUGAAAAUGUACAAUGAACUCUUAGAUCUGCUUUUGAAUGCUCUGCUAGAAAAGAACUGGAGGCAGCGUCAGAUGGCUCUCAAUUUCAUAAUUAUUCUGGAACACAAGAAGGUGAAAUUCUCAGCGGAAAUGGUGCAAUUUUUCCUGAGCUUGUUGAUUAGUGAAUCGAUAUUUGAGAGGCAAGGCGCUCUGGAAGCAAUGAUGCACGUGUUUAAGCUGUAGAAGAAAAAACGUUGUUAGUAAUCCCAUUAGAUUUAACAUGGAUUCUAGCAGAUUUUGACCUGAUAAUCAUGCCAAAACGUCAGGUGAUAAUCAUUUGGAUAUACGAGGUAUAAUCUAGUCGAAACUUCUUUGUUCUUUUAAUUUUCAGAGUUGUAUAGUUUUUUUCGGUAAUAUCAAAACAAAUAUGUAAAAUCAGAUUUGAAAACUGUUUAAGUUUUAUUUUGUAGUGGAUCCAAUGGUACAAAAAGGUAUAAAGAAAUACAAAAUUAUUAAAAUUUUAUUCAUAAUAUUUACUAAGUGCAUCAAUAAUGUAACAAAUUUGGUAUAGGCAAAAUAUACAUGAUUCUCGAAAUUUUCAAAAAUA